CACUUAUUAGAGUAGAAUGUGGUAGGCUCCUUUCCAAGUAACCGUGCUCUCACUUUUGACACCGAGUGGAAAUCAUGCUGGUUUGGAAAUGAGAUUUGCAGUAAAAGAGCUGAAUAAAGAAUUGCAGCAUUAAAUGUUUGCUUCAAAAUUGAUCGACCCAUGGAUGAAGUAACAUUUUCACCUCCACUGUAUAAACAGCGACACCAGUUUAUUAAAGACUUAGUGUGGGAACACAAACCUAAGAAGGUUGCAGACUUGGGUUGUGCUGAUUGUUCCCUUUUAUGGAAAUUGAAGUUCUUCCGUUGUAUUGAGCUGCUUGUUGGAUUAGAUAUUGAUGCCAAUGUCAUGCAGGAGAAAAUGUACAGACUUUCUCCUCUUCCUGGUGAUUAUGUGCAGCCUAGGGAGCGACCUCUGAAAGUUGCCCUGUACCAGGGCUCAGUAACUGAAAAGGAUCCCUGUUUGUUGGGCUUUGACCUGGUAACUUGUAUAGAGAUAAUAGAACACUUGGAAGAGACACAAGUGGCUACGUUUACGGAUGUAGUGUUUGGCUAUAUGUCUCCAGCAAUGGUAGUCAUCAGUACUCCAAAUGCAGAAUUUAAUCCAUUGCUUCCAGGAUUAACAGGAUUUAGACAUAAAGAUCACAAGUUUGAAUGGACAAAAGCACAGUUCCAGAAGUGGGCAUUGGAUGCAGCAUAUCAGCAUGGUUACACAGUUAAAUUUUCUGGAGUAGGGGUGGGGCCUCCUGGAACAGAAGAGAAAGGUUUCUGCACCCAGAUAGGUCUCUUUACAAAGAAGGUUUUAAACACUGAUGACAGACAAAUAUCUGACAAAAAGCAGCUUGGACACUUAUACAAACCUGUUUUUGAAGUAAGUUACCCCAGUCUUCAAGAUAUGAAGUAUUUGAGGCAUGCUGUGAUUUUGGAAGUUACAAAUAUAUCAGACAACAUAAAGCGAAGUCUAAUGAAUAGUUGUUAUAAGAAGAAAAAAAACAGUUGUGACAGUGUUCAUAUCAGCUGCUUGGAAACCGGAUCUCAAACCAGUGACGCUAUUCUUGAACCAUACAUAAGUGACCGUGUUCUCUACAUACCAUUGGCAAGACUUCUUACUUUUCCUAAGCUGCAUCGUUUGUGUGAUAACAUAGAUAAACUUAAAGAAGUACUUGCUGAUAGAGCGGUUCUUUCAAAAGAUGGUUCCUGUCUCAUUGUUGUAAUUGAAAUAGAUGAGGAUUGGGACUGCUACACUUUGGAUGAGUAAAUUAGUUUUAAACUUUAUUUUGUCAUUAUUUGUAUUUUGCAGUUAAUGGAAAAAUGCUAACUGCAAAUAACAUUUGGAAAGUAGUAUAAUGAUCCACCGUUAUAAAACAGACCAAAAAGGACUAUUAAAAGAUUUAAGGAGAAGGCAUGACUUUACCCUCUGUCAUAUUUCAAAGUAAGGUGUAUGUUGCUUUUUGGGACUGCAUGAAGU